UGAUUGUGGGUAGGGGAAGGGGACUGGAUCGCUUGCGGAGGAGGAGGAGGAGUAUAUAUAAUCAAGAGUGAGGGACAUACCAGCCACUCCCUCUCAGCCAUGGAAUCACUCCGCUUACUCUUCCCCCUCCUCUUGGGGCUCGCGGCGUUUACGUCGGUGACGUUGUCCAAAGAAACUACUGAAACCGUCGCCCCCAACGUCAAUCCCUUCACCGAGGGUCCUUGCCCCAGCGCCUACUACGUGGUGGGCGACCGCUGCGUGCUGGUGAACCCCUUCGUGGAGGGCUCUUGGGAUGAGGCGUGGUACUACUGCAGCACCCUCGGCGCCGACAUUAUGGAGAUCAACUCCAUGGCGCAGUUCCUCGACGUCCUCAACUUCCUCAGGGAUAAAGGCCUGGACCAGCACAGUUACUGGCUGGGCGCGCGUGACGUUGUAGAAGAAGGCUUCUGGAAGUGGGAGUUGACUGGCGAAGAGGUACCCAUGGGAACACCUUUCUGGUCGAUCGAUUUUGACUACGGGGACAAUUACUUCAUGGAGCCAGUCGGGAUGAACUACUCGAACUGCCUCCGUCUGGACCACGAACGAUACUUGUACCUCGACGACAAAGACUGCACGAGCUCCAACUCCUUCGCGUGUCAGAUCCUGCUCUAGAUUCGAACGACGACCUCUUCCACGACCACCGUAACUCAACCAUGUAGUAUAGAGACGAAAAACGACCACCCCCAAAGAGGGCCACGGCCAAAACGAUAAGGAUAUUGACACGACUACGACCACUGCAACUAUAUUAUAUGCCAGGUGGUGCUAUAAUGACGGACGACGACCACCUCGAUGACCACGAUGACCAAGACGACACCACUAUCUCAACCACCACCAACAUCAACAACACCAACACCAGCACGACGACCCCAGCACUACCACCAGUAAAAACAAUAACUCCUCCUCCUCCUCCACCUCUUCUUCCUCUAACUCCUCCUCCUCCUUACCACUAUAACUUGAACUCCAACACCAUAACCUUCCACCACAUCCCUUACAACACCACUACAAGCAGGAGGUAACUACAAGACCACAGCAAUCAGCGCCAAAACUACUUGUACCACCACCACCUCCACCACCACCAGAACCUCCCCACCAGCUGCAGCCGCCACCAAAGUCUCCGCCGCAAAUAGUAAUAACAGUGAUAUGAAUAAUGAUAAUAAUAAACCUACCACCACAACUA